AUGACUUCUCGUGCAGAGGCUAGAUCGUCAAGGCGUCCGCGUCGUGCAACGACACAGCCAAUCAAUUAUUUCGCACCAAUUCCUGGGUUUGCGGGAUAUGAGUACGAUGAGGAAGAACAGGAAUCAUCAGCACCGGAACCAAUGAUCUAUGAACCGCCGCCACCUCAACUCCCAAGCCCAGCAACCAAACGAAGUAUCGAGAUUACUAGACCAAGGGUUUUGUAUCGAUCUCAGACCCGCUCCAUCAUUCGAGAGCCACUCAACCCAGUUUCUCCGGGCCAUGAGCCGUUGCUAGAAGACGACAAUGCAGAUACCGAACUACCUUAUAGCUCCGCGGAGAGGAGGAGGAAGAGCGGGGAGUUGCUCUCGCUAACGCCCAUUGGAGAGGAGGGUAUUAUUUUCCAUGUUGACUUCUCGAAGGGCGAGAUGUCAGCUGUCUAUUCGUUCCUUACCGGCCAAGUACCUCCAGAUGAUGAUAUACCUCUUCAGGACCAUCUCUUCAACGCCACACGCUUCUUAAAUACCGAGUCAAUGAACAGACGUGUCCGAAGGCUACGGGAGUUAAACGACGUCUUACCAUCUGGUUUUGAGCUGGGCGAUUUGUUUAUCCCAGUUUCAAUUGAGGGGGAUAUCCCCAAGAGCUUCCACAGAACUGUGAAGCGGAUUGGUAAAAUUUUUGGUCAUUCUGUUGAGAAGUAUCAAGCGGAGGGGUAUAGAAAGAUGGUUGAGAAAAUCGGCCAUGCCGCCAUCGCUGAUACCAUCCGGGAAUGCAAGGCCCUGUCAGGGUUAAAUUGGAGGAAUUCCCUUGCCAUCUCGACGUUUGUCGUAGAUGCGCAGGCAGGAAUGCUCUCUAGUAUACCUUCACGCCUUGCAGCCUAUCCGACCACAACCUUCUCACCUCAGGUGCACUCGGUGUGUUCUGAUAUACAUCUGCCCUCUGCCCUCUUGCGAUCUCGUGCGCUGGGGUAUACGCGCUAUAGAGGAAGGAACCCUGUCAAUGGUAGCCUACGAGAUAUAUAUUCUCAAAAAUGGGAGUUGUGGAAAACCUGGACUGGUGCCUCACACGACGUAAUGGCCUUAUCUUGGGCGCCGGACGGGACUCGGUUUGUUGCUGGCACUACUGCGCACUGUGAAGAAAACAACAUGCAGUACAACCGUAACAACAAUCUACUCUUAGGGGAUUUGGCCAUGGAGUCAAUCAAAGAACUACCUGACCACCGAAUUCCUCGUCCUCUAAUCACUACAGGAGAAUUCGCGAAUCAGAGCACGUUUAAUACCCUUGGUCCCAACCUAUACAUGACCAUCAGUGCAGUGCAGUGGUCCGGAGAUCGCUUGUUUACGGCCAGUUACGACAAGACCGUGAAGGUGUGGAAUCUCCAAUCUGAGCCAAAGCUAUGGGAGACUCAGCCAGAGUCAGACGAAUGCGAAUCUCAACCAAAGUUAAAUUGCACCCAUACUCUAUAUCACCCUGAGAAACUUGAAGUUAUGUCUGUCUCCAACUUACAGGGAAACCUUAUAGCCACUGGGUGCCAGGACGCUAAGCCAAUUCGAAUAUGGUCAGAACGAAAUGACACCUAUGAUUGCCUUCCAUUGAAAACCUUUUCGAAUUUAAUGCCAUCUUCAUUGGUUUGGGGCACAAACCCAUCAUGCGCUGAUUUGCUUGUGACGGGGUUAUCUCGCAAAGGCUUGAGAACAACCUUCUCGUCUACUAAAUGUGGCACACUGGUUCUCUGGCAAGUGGAAAAGCCGAAUGUCAGUGUUCUAGGCGAAUGGGAGAUGUCACAGCAUAUCAGUGAUAUCAAAUGGCAUCCCUCUCAGCCCAUUUUCAUGGUCGGAUGCUCAACACCUACGGCAAUAGUUAGAUUGGCUGAGACGCAUGACCGCUCAUUCCUUCGAUUCUAUGAUCCUGUAAGGUCGAAGCACGAGGUCAACUCCUUCCACUGCCCGGCACUCGAUAUAAAUGAGGUUACCUUUUGCCCGUUAGAUGAUAAUUAUGUCACCGCGAGCUGCACAGAUAACUUGACCUAUGUCUGGGAUCGCCGCAACCCAUCCCAUAUACUUCAUAAGCUUGGGCAUGGCAAACCUCUCAAUCAGUUAAGUGAAACGGUUCCACAGGAAGAGGAUGACACUGGUGUCUGUAUGGCAGUGUGGGGCGGGCCAAACUUCUAUACUGGGGGCUCUGAUGGAAUCGUCAAGUGCUGGGAUGUUAGGCGCUCCUCAAACGAGCUGGUUGUGGAUGAAAUUGCCACUUUCGGCCAUGGGAUAAUGUCCGGCGCCUUGUCUCCUGAUCAAACAAACAUGGUUGUCGGGGAUAGUAGCGGGUCAAUCCACAUCCUGUCAACUGCACCAUUUAGUCACAAAAAUGGCCAGAAUCUUGUUUAUGAGGAAGCACCAAUCGAUACGCGGAAUGGGGCAGAUUAUGAAAUAAGUGGUAUUCUAGAGUCGAAAAAGCUACUUGAAUCCGGACAGCUAACGAGACAUCCGACAUUCGGUGUUGGCCAAGGGGCUUGCUACGACGGCCCUUACGCAGGCUGGGCUAGACCAGCAGGUACCCAACCAGACGAUAUGUCAAUAACCCCUCUGGAACCGAAUAUUCAGGCUCUGCAGUUGGACGGUCCUCCUAUCAGUGAACGAAGUCUUCUCACCGAAGAACGCCAAAGCCUUGUUUUAAAACAUGUCACACUUGCAACGACCCGUAAUAAACGAAGCACAUCUACAAAAUCCCCUCGCAAGCGCGCUCAUCUUGAAACCCCGAGGAGAAUCUCUCAAAAACCCCGAGAUUCUCCUCGGGAAAUAAUCGACAUCAGUAGCGAUGAGAGCGAUGCUGUCAACCCGAAGCGCACUAGGAGACUGUCGUUACGGCAGCGCUCAAACGCAACCCCAAUGACGUCGUCACCAUCAAGAUCGAGGAAUUUUCAAGUAAAGUCUGAACCAAUGACGCCAUCACCAUCAAAACUACAGGGUUUAAGAAUGACAUCCAAAUCAAUUUCACCGCAAAAGUCAAUAUGUAUUGAUUUAACCGCCGAUACAUCGGAUGGUGACUUUUCUUCCUCGACUUCGGUCUCUUCCUUUGCAACUUGCGUCUCAGAUGUGAAGGGUCAUAUAACUAAGGACGACGACCUAGAUGAGGAGGAUUAUUGGUGGCCCUAUAGUGCGGAUGUUAUAGAGCUUGCCAACCAGUAG